AUGCCAACAUAUACAGGAUCUUGCUACUGUCGAAACAUCCAGUAUGAGCUGCGGCUGGCUUCUCCCGAUGACGCACGCACAUCACUUUGCCACUGUCGCAAUUGCAAAAAAGCAUUUGGGACAAAUUAUGGUCUGACAGCCAAAGUCCCCAAGGACACUUUCCAGCUCAUAGCUGGGCAGCCCAAGGAGCAUGUUGCUGACAAUGGAUCUGGGGUUGUACUCCACCGCGAAUUUUGUGAUAGUUGUGGGAGUUUUAUUCUGGAAUAUGGGGACGCUGCCAAGGAUCGUUUCCGUUAUAUAUGUGUAGGAUCUCUGGAUAAUCCCGCGGCACUUCCCCCCAAGGCUGAGUUUUUCUGUAAAGCACGAGCGAGCUGGAUGCCAGAGAUUCCCAGUUAA